CAUUAUCUAUCAGUGAUAAUAUUCAAGAAACAGCAAAAAUAGUGUGUAAAACACUGCGCUCACCAAUAACAUUCAUUCAGUUAUACAGUAUAACCAUUGAGUAAGGUUGAUAAAAACCUGACUGAGUUAGUUCAAAAACCAAAAAUGCGCUAUACACUGAUGAUCGCGCUUGUGUGCUUGUGUUGCGUACUACUGAUGCAAGAUUUUGCUAAUGGUUGGUGGAGUGGAAGAAGAAGAUCUGUUCGUUACGCAAAACGAUUCUCCACUAUUUGCUCAUCAAACUCUAUCAGAGGCACAGACAAUUGUGGAAGUGGGCGGUAUGGAGCUCCGAGAGGUGGGAGAAMACACAAGGGCGUUGACAUUAUCUGUCAURCAGGAAACACCGUUUAUGCACCCUUUCCAGCCAGAAUCGUUCGUGAUGCCCGGCCAUACGGCAAUGGGAAACCUCACGACAUUGGCGUGGUGCUCMAGGGGACUGGGACAUGGCAAGGCUAUACAGUAAAGAUGUUCUAUGUCAGGAGAUCGACUUCGAUAGGGUCUCAGGUUACCGCAGGGAGCAGUAUCGGUACCAUGGUUAACAUGGCGAGGCAAUAUAGAUGUUCAAUGACAAAUCAUGUCCAUGUCCAACUCUACAAAAAUGGUUACAUUAUCGACCCUACCAGUUACCUUUAGGAGUCAAGGAACUACGCAUAGACAACGAGUGCACCAGAAAAUAAGUGGAUAAAACGGUUAAUUAAAUUAGUACAGUUGAAACUGUAAAAAACGUGGGGAGUAAAUCAUGAAAUCUA